GUAAAAGGCGAAGAGCGAGUCAAGCCCCCCCACUUAUUAUUACAACUUCAAGACAACCUCCGAGCCGAACAGAGCAGAAAAGGCCACCGUUAUUAUCACCGUGUUUGAAUUUUGAAUUUCGACUCUCCUCAGACUCCGAUCCAUCUCUCCUUGCAUCCCCACUUUGAGUUUGAUAUCUCUUCUUCUCUACGCAAUCGAGUUCGAGGUCGAGGUCGAGGUCCAGAUCCAACGCUAGUUUGCGACUGGACUGCUGCCCCAUCGUAUCGUAUCAUAUCGUAUAUCAUUGACUGGGAACUGACUUGGAGGGGAUAUGGAGAGCUUGAUUUCGUUGGUGAACCGAUUGCAGAGGGCGUGCACCGCGCUCGGGGAUUACGGCGAUGAGAGUGCCUUGCCUACUCUCUGGGAUGCUCUGCCUUCUAUAGCUGUUGUCGGCGGACAGAGUUCUGGAAAGUCCUCUGUACUCGAAAGUAUUGUUGGGAAGGACUUCUUACCUCGUGGAUCUGGUAUUGUUACUCGACGUCCACUUGUCUUGCAGCUUCAUAAGCUAGAGGAAGGUAGAGAAUAUGCAGAAUUUGGCCAUCUUCCUAGGAAAAGAUUCACCGAUUUUGCUGCUGUGAGGAAGGAGAUCGCUGAUGAAACUGAUAGAGAAACAGGACGCACUAAACAGAUUUCUUCUGUUCCAAUUUAUCUUAGUAUUUAUUCUCCAAAUGUUGUGAAUUUAACAUUGAUUGAUCUUCCUGGACUUACUAAGGUGGCCGUUGAGGGCCAGCCAGACAGCAUUGUGAUGGAUAUUGAGAACAUGGUCCGAUCUUAUAUUGAAAAGCCCAACUGUAUUAUUCUGGCAAUUUCUCCAGCCAACCAAGAUCUUGCAACUUCGGAUGCCAUUAAAAUUUCCCGUGAAGUAGACCCAAAAGGAGAGAGGACAUUUGGAGUUCUAACCAAGAUUGACCUUAUGGACAAGGGUACUGAUGCUGUAGAUAUUUUGGAAGGAAAAGCAUAUAGGUUGCAGUUCCCAUGGAUAGGUGUUGUUAAUCGCUCUCAACAAGACAUUAACAAGAAUGUCGACAUGAUUGCUGCAAGACGUAGAGAGCGGGAUUAUUUUGCUCAAUCCCCAGAGUACAAACAUCUUGCUAACAGGAUGGGUUCAGAGUAUCUGGGGAAAGUCUUGUCCAAACAUUUGGAAACCGUUAUCAAAUCCCGAAUUCCAGGCCUUCAGUCCCUAAUCAACAAAACUAUUAUUGAGCUGGAAUCUGAGUUGAGUCGUCUGGGAAAGCCCAUUGCAAACGAUGCUGGAGGAAAAUUGUACAUGAUCAUGGAAAUUUGCCGUACAUUUGAUGGAAUAUUCAAGGAGCACCUUGAUGGAGUACGUCCAGGCGGUGAUAAUAUAAAUAAUGUCUUUGAUAACCAAUUGCCUGCUGCGUUGAAGCGUUUGCAGUUUGAUAAGCAUCUUGCUAUGGAAAAUGUACGAAAAUUGAUUACUGAAGCUGAUGGUUAUCAGCCUCAUCUUAUAGCCCCAGAACAAGGUUACCGUCGUCUCAUUGAGACCGCCCUGCUCACAAUUAAAGGUCCUGCCGAAGCUGCUGUCGAUGCGGUCCAUGCAAUCCUGAAGGACCUUGUUCACAAGUCGAUGAAUGAAACAUCUGAGCUGAAGCAGUACCCCUCUCUCAGGGUCGAGGUUGGGAAUGCUGCGAUCGAUUCCUUGAACAGAAUGAAGGAAGAAAGCAGAAAAGCCGCUCUACAGCUAGUAGAAAUGGAGUGCUGUUACCUGACUGUAGAUUUCUUCCGGAAACUUCCUCAAGACGUGGAGAAAGGCGGGAAUCCCACCCAUUCAAUUUUCGAUAGAUACAAUGACUCGUAUCUACGCAGAAUAGCAACAAAUGUGCUGUCUUAUGUGAAUAUGGUGUGUGCAAGUUUGAGAAACUCGAUUCCGAAAUCAGUAGUUUAUUGCCAAGUCCGAGAGGCGAAGCGCAGCCUGCUGGAUCAUUUUUUUACAGAACUAGGGACGAAGGAAGCUAGGCAUCUGGGCAAACUGUUGGACGAGGAUCCGGCAAUCAUGCAGCGCCGGACAUCGCUCGCAAAAAGGCUGGAGCUGUACAGAGCGGCGCAGGCUGAGAUUGAUUCUGUGGCUUGGUCCAAGUAAGAUGAACGAAUGAAUAGGUUUGUACUCUACUCUACUCUACUCUACUGUUUUAUUUCUGCAUUACGCAUUUGAACCACCUCGAUCGCUCGCCCGCCCUUUUACCUUUAAUGUUUAUUUGUUUGGUCGAUUGAUCUAGUUAUAUUCUUUGUACACUAGCGUGAAAUCUCAUUGAAUCAUCAUCUACUACUACUACGUGAUUUUGGUUAUGAUAAUACUUGUCCUUAUUUUAUUA